AUGCCCGAAAGAGCCGCUGACCACCUAUUCCUUUGUCUGUUCUUUGUCACUGCGUCUUUUUCAACACCCACAUCUGUUUCUCAGCUUUACGAGCAGAGUCUGCGCACUCAAGAUCCUGUACCAAUACCUUCGAGACCCUCAUUCUUAACCAAGCUAUGCGCUGAAAUAAUUGAGAAGAUAUGGCCACAUUAUAAGAAGGCGUCAUCCCGGGCUUCGAAGCCUCAGUCUGCCUCUCCCAGCAAAGUGUUGAGCAAGUACGGCGAUGAUGUAGUCCUGCGCUUCAGGCUCAGGACUCAAAAUGAAGCUUCCGCAUUUGCAGAAGCCGUGGAGGGUCUGUAUCUGGAUUUAUGGGAGGCUUCGGACGAUUGGGCAGACGUCAGAAUAUCGCAGAAGGUGCUGCCCUCCUUCUUAACUCUCCUGCCUGCUUCUAUGCAACAGUCGCAUACGCCGGUCAUCACUCAGCUUUCGCAGGCUGUGUAUCAUACGUUUCCUACAGCUCAGGCGACCGAUAGCUGGCGACAUCGAACGAGCCUCGACAGGCCGCAUGACCUAUUCUUCGAGAAUUAUCAGCCUCUAUCCGUCCUCUACCCUUGGCUGCGGCAGCUAGCAUCCAUGUUUCCAGACACAACGGAGCUAUCGUCGAUAGGGACUACAUAUGAAGGUCGAGAUAUUCCAGCUUUGAGGAUUGGCAUACCGCUCCCGGACGAUGAUCCUCAUAAGGACGAUCCAAGACAUACCGUCGUCAUUGUCGCAGGAGGACACGCAAGAGAGUGGAUUUCAGUAUCAACCGCGGCUUUUCUUCUACGAAGUCUACUGCACAACUACGACCACAAGCAGAAGGACACAGUCUACAAGCUGUUGACACAUUACGACUUCGUCUUCAUGCCAGUCCUCAACCCCGACGGCUAUGAAUAUACCUGGACCACUGAUCGGCUAUGGCGCAAGAACAGACAAGAAACAGCUCUGCCAUUCUGUAGAGGUAUUGACUUUGAUCGAGCUUUUCCUUUCGGCUGGAAUGGUGACAAUCAAACUGACAAUCCAUGCUCAGAGGCUUAUGCUGGCGAGCAUCCACUGCAAGCUGUAGAAGCUCAACGUUUGUACGAUUGGGCGAAGAACGAAAGUAGCAGCAGAAAAUUCACCGCUUUCAUCGACCUGCACAGUUACUCGCAGGAGAUCCUCUACCCAUAUAGCUAUACCUGCUAUCGAAGACCGAGCAAUUUGGAGGACCUAGAAGAACUUGCAGUGGGUCUCGCAAAGGCUUUUAGAACCACCAACGGUCAUCAUUAUGGCGUCGAAAGUGCCUGUGAAGGCUCGAUGCUUAAUACUGCGACUUCGACUAAAGAUACAGGCAUGGUACGCACGAGGAUAGUAGAGUCGGGUGGUAGUGCUCUCGACUUCUUCUACCAUGACCUGCAGGUCAAGUAUGCGUUUCAGGUCAAACUGAGAGAUACAGGCAGUUAUGGCUUCUUGCUGCCUAAGGAAAACAUUUUACCGACUGGAGUCGAGACUUUUAGCGCCUUAUUGGGUCUUGGCAAAUGGUUGCUCGGAAAUAGGGGCAUUGAGGGCUACGCUAAUCUGUCUGAUGAUGAGAUUUGGGGCAAGGAGGAGGUCACUAUCAAUGGGUUUGACGUUAUACAAGAGACAAAUGACGACGCUGACGAAGACGAAGGAGGGUCUUGGUUCAGGCGAAAGAGAUAG